AACAAUGCGGAUCAACAGCUAAGUGGCUUACAACCUAUUUAAAGAACAAUAUUAAAAAUUAAAAAUGACAAACAAAUCGCAGAUUCUUUACAAUAUAUUUCAAGAGAUACUGGCCGCAUCCGGCAAUUCUUCGGAUAGCCAGAGCAUUAAUGAGACCAAGAUCUUGACAUUGUUACGUGAGCAGGCUAGCAGAGGACAAGGCAGUAACUUGGGCUCGAUUCUAGUGAAAGUUGUGAGUGAUGUACAGAGCAAACUCAAUCUCACAAUCAAACCCGACCCCUGUGGCUACUGCGAUGGUGACUUUAGACACGUAAUAGAAACAUACAAUGGAAUUCACGGAUACGUUAGUUUAUUGGUGUGCACUAUUGGUGUUCUGGCAAACUCUAUGAAUAUUGCUGUGCUCACUAGGAAAGACAUGGCGGCUGCACCGAUCAACCGUCUACUCAAAUGGCUUGCCGUUGCGGACGUUUUUGUGAUGGUCGAAUAUGUACCUUUCGCGAUAUAUAAAUAUUUAGUUUUGCCGGAAAAGUUGGAUUUCCCAUAUUCUUGGGCUAUGUACCUUUUAUUUCACAUGCACUUUGCUCAAAUACUACAUACGGCGUCCAUCUGUCUCACGCUUGCUCUCGCCAUAUGGAGAUAUGUCGCCAUUAAAUACUCCGACAGAAGCCAUAUACUUUGUACGGAGCGAAGAUGCAGCCUCGCAAUCCUUACAAGCUUCAUUCUGCCGCCGAUAUUGUGUACUCCGACAUUUAUGGUAUUUGAUAUUCAUACAAAGAACGUGAGUGACGUCAACGGAAACCCUGACAUUGCGUACCAUGUCGACUCCGACAGCCAGGGCACUUUGUACCAAAUAAACUUCUGGGUGCACGGAGUUAUCAUCAAACUGUUACCUUGCUCGAUACUAACAGUUAUAAGCCUUUGGCUUAUAGGAGCCCUGUACAGCGCCAACCAGCAUCAGAAGAAUUUGAGGAAUUACAGCGCGUGCCCUGCAGCAGAGAAGAUGGUGAAACGUCAGCACAAAGCGGACAAAAGGACUGACAGAACAACGAAGAUGCUACUGGCAGUUCUGUUACUGUUUCUCGUCACAGAACUUCCUCAAGGUAUCAUGGGACUGAUGAGUGGUUUGCUCGGGCCCUGCUUCUUCAAACGAUGCUACAAUUUAUUUGGAGAGAUCAUGGACAUGUUGGCUCUGGUCAAUGGUGCUAUCAACUUUAUCCUGUACUGCUCGAUGUCCCGUCAGUUCCGGCAGACGUUCCGGCAGCUGUUGCUGCAGCGGCCUCUCGCGCGAUUCCUGCCGCCCGCGGCCUCGCACUCCGAGUCCCACAACCAAAACACGUAA